CAAAGAAGUGCCCUUCAUCCCAAUUCCCAACCCCUCCCUCUCUCCCUCGAUUAGCAUCGUUCGUUCGUCCAUCUUCGUCUCUCUCCCUCGCGUGAAGGCGCUGAACGGUGGCUCAAAAGCCUAGUGCUGGAAAGCAAACAUUGGUCAGACAGGCAGCUUGAUUGUGCUCGAAAAGAUCACGCAAAGAAAUUUGAAUCGACCCCCUUAUAAAUAGUGUCCAGUUGACUCUUGGUCUGGCAAUAUCGUUACUUGCUAGACAUCUAUUCUUGGGGGACAGGAUCAUAGAAAAACAGAGGUAUGAAAGUGUUUGACGCCCAUUGCCACUUGCAAGACCCAAGGGUCUGGCAUAUGGCACCAAAGUUAAUUGAGUCGGCCCUUCAGUCUGGUGUUGUUAAAUUUGCGGUGAAUGGAACCCAUGAGAAAGACUGGCAUUUAGUGAAGCAAAUGAGCGACGACUAUCCUUCUACCAUUCCAAACUUUGGACUCCAUCCUUGGUUUGUCGCCGAUAGAACCCCUAACUGGUUCCAAACAUUAAGGCAAUUUUUUGAGGCCACUCCUUGUGCUGCAGUGGGAGAGAUUGGUUUGGACAAAGGGUCUCAUGGGAGGAAUAUCGAUUUCAACGAUCAGGUCGAAGUGUUCCAGAAACAGCUCGAACUUGCAAAAGAGUUGAAUAGACCAGCAUCCAUCCAUUGUGUCCGAGCAUUUGGUGAUCUUCUUCAGAUAUUGCGAGAGGCAGGGCCUUUUCCUGCUGGUGUCAUCCUCCACUCUUAUUUAGGUUCCGCUGAAAUGGUUCCUCAGUUUGUUCAAGUUGGAGCUUAUUUUUCAUUCUCAGGAUUUCUCAUGUCCAUGAAAGAGCAGAAGGCAAAGAAGAUGUUGAAAGCAGUUCCUUUUGAAAGAAUUUUACUGGAAACAGAUGCGCCAGAUGCAUUGCCAAAGAAUCCUGCAUUUGUCAUUGAUGAUGAUGCUCGUUCAAGUGUAAGUCAGGCUGAUGAAGGGGGCACUGAAUCUACAUCUCUGAUGGAAUCUCUGAAUCAUCCGGCAAACAUUCAUGCGGUGCUUAAUUAUGUGGCAUCCUUGCUAGACAUGCCUCCAGAAGAUCUUGCGGAGCUCAGCUGUAAAAACGCAGUGCAUUUAUUCUCCUAUGAAGGUACGAAGCUGGACAAGAUAUAGUCGCCAGCGAGGGUCACGGCCCUCGCCCAGUAGCUGGCGAGGGCUUGGCGGGCCUCGCCGGCCAUUGCUAGGAAUCGAAGGUGAAAGAGCAAAGGGCCACACCGAACAACUGGCAUCCACGUCAAUGCUAAGGCUGGAUGGACCAAAUUGGUACUAAUGUAAAAAUGUUUAGGAUUGAAUUUGUUUAAUUGAAAUGUUUAUGACUAUAUUGAUACCAAUACUAUAGGUUUAAGAUUUUUUUGGUA